GUCCUCACCAGGUUCCAAUGCAUUGUCUUCUCUUACGCUUCACCUGAGAGGUGGUUGGCUAAUAGCUAAGACGUCAAGGACUCUGUAUUAAAACGCAAGUUGUGCUUAAGUGCCCAGCAGUUGCUGAAAUAUGGCACCAAAGAGAAGUAAGUCACGAGAGAAGAAAGGUACUGCCAAAGUGCAAAGCCCCUGUGUGCAGUUGGUGAGUGAAAGGGAGAAAUACCUACAGAAAGAAUAUGGCAUUCUGACAGAGCAUGUCAACACAUACACACAGCGUUCACAACACUUCCAAUCAGAAAACGAAUUCCUAGACAAGGAAGCCCAGCAGAUCCGAGAGGACAGCAAAGCCUACCUUGGCUAUCUAACAAAGCGCACUGUCCGCUGCCAGAAUGCCAUCAUCACGCUGAAUGACCAGAACCGUUCGGAUCUAGCCCAUGUCCUGAAGCAAAUGGACGAGCUGACCUCCCAGUACACAGACAAGGAGAAAGAAGUGAGGAGCCAGUUGAUAGAGAUGGAGACGAAGUACUCCCUCAUGAACAAAGAGGUGGAAGAGCUGAAGCCCUUCAAGGAACUACAGUCAGACCAGUUGACUCGGAUCCGUGAACUGGAGAAGGAGCUUCUAGCUAUGAAGAUCCACCACUCAGAGCAAAUGCACAAGGUCAAGAGCCAGUUCCUGCAGCAGAAGGCAGAAUAUGAGAUGGCGUCUCAGCAGAAAGUGCAAGCUCUGGCCAAACGGGCUGAAAAGGAAGCCGUGCGCAGCCUCAUCCAGCACACCAAGCAGGUGAAAGCCGAAAACUGGCAACUGCGCAAUGAACUGCUGAACCUCACCAAAAGAGCUCAAGGCCUGAAAAGCAUCGUGCACCAGCUCAGCGAGCAAAAGGAGCAGCUCCUCCGGGAGCUCCAGUACCGGGAAAACCUGGCAGACAUGCGGCGCUGGCUAAUGCAGCAAGGAGUUCCACGGGCCACCCCUUCCAGCAACAGUCUUGCAACGGAGCAUAUUCUCAGCUCCACCCCUUUUACAGCUCCUCAGAGGCUUGGAAGCAAGCUUCCAACGCUAUCCGUGAACACUGAACUGACAGACGAUAGCUUGCCUGCAACAAUUAAACCCCUCAGUAGGGAGUCAACUGUAUCCACUGGAACGAGGCAAGCACCAGACCAGGCACAGCUGGCAUGAAAGGAUCUAAGAUGGGGUGAUGCCGGCUGUCUCAUAGCUGGCAAGCUGAGGGCAGGCUGGGUGAAAGCGUCCUGUUGAGAUGGCAACCCUCACACAGAAGCAAGCAACUGUUUGGGGCAGGACAACAGAAGCAGACAAGGCGUGAAGCGUUGGUCUCUUCACGGCUGAGCAGAGAAACGUGAGAAGCCUGACAAUAAUAAAACUAUAAUAAAAUGUGUAGAAACU